CUAAUCAACAACCCCAAAUUAAUACACGUAAACCUUUAGCCGAAUUGCCGAAACACCAAAAUAUGCUAUUGAAAAUAUGUUUUGUGCUGCCACUCAUAACAAUUGCAAUUGCACUUGAUGAACCACAAAAGCUCAAGGAUAAAUCCACUAAACUGCCGCCUUGCAAAGCGUGCACAGUGCUGGUGGAGUCAUUUAACUUGGGCUUGGAGCGUACGAAACGAGGCAAACAUGCCGGCGGCGACGCCGCCUGGGAACAGGAGAAAAUGCGUGCCUAUAGAAAUAGUGAGGUGCGCUUCGUUGAGAUCCAGGAGCAGCUGUGCAGCGAAGUUAAACGUGGCCAGGAUCACUGUCAUAUGUUGAGCAACGACCACGAGUCCUUGAUUGAAGACUGGUUUACAAACAAACAGGACGAGGAGCCCGAUUUGCAUGCUUGGCUGUGUAUCAAUCAACUGAGCGUUUGCUGUCCAAGCAACACGUAUGGACCCACUUGCCAGCCGUGCACCGACUGCAAUAAUAAUGGGAAAUGCAAGGGCAACGGCACACGCAAGGGCAACGGGCAGUGCCUGUGUGACAGCGGUUACGCAGGUAUCAAUUGCAACGAGUGUGAUGAGAACAAUUAUGAAUCCUUUCGCGAUGCCACAAAGCUGCUGUGCACUCCAUGUCAUGCCGCUUGCGGUGAUGGCGGUUGCAACGGCGCUGGUCCGAAAAGUUGUCGUAAGUGCAAGGAUGGCUGGCGGAUGGACACCGAAACGGGCUGCGUGGACAUCAACGAAUGUGUGGAUCAGCAUCGAGCGUGUCGUCCGCAACAAUUCUGUGUGAACAACGAAGGCUCCUUCUCGUGCCUGGAAUGUGAUCGUUCCUGCGAUGGUUGCGAUGGUGAUGGACCCGAUAUGUGCAAAAAGUGCGCCGAUGGCUAUCAGCUGAAGGAUGGCAAAUGUCAAGAUCUGUCCUCGCAGCAGCGUGAUUCUUAUGUGAACAUAACGCGAUUUCUCACCUACUUCGGCAUGUGCGUGGCCACCUGCGUCAUCUUCCAGAGCUCCACACAUAUUGCGUAUAUCGUUGGUGGUGCGGUGGCCAUCUAUAUAGCAGCAUCCGAGUAUUGGCUGAAUUGGACAGCGCAGGGCGGCGUUCAAAAGCCGGAAAUAGACACAAAGCAGCUAGAGGAUUUAAUUAUGAAGUCGUUAUAAGUCAGGAAAAAAAAGCAACCAAAAACAAAAAAAAAGGGAAAAGACGUUUGGAAUAUUUGCUGAUACAUACGAUAAUUUUAUUCUAUGAAUAAUUCGUAAAUGAGCAUUUGUCUGCAGUA